AUGCCCGCCGUCCGCCCCAGCACCGCCGUGCGAGCCACGCGCGCCGUCCAACAGACCACCGCCACCACCACCCCUCAAGUCCAAGCUGCCACCCGCAGCUUCAGCGCCAGCGCCCGCACGUCGGCGUCGCACGGCCCGCAGUACGACCCGCCGACGGGCUGGCUGUUCGGCGUCAAGCCCGGCGAGAAGUACCAGAAGGAGGGGUGGGAGACGCCGUUCUUCUACGGCUUCUGCGGCAGCCUGCUGCUGGCCGGCGUCGCCUACGGGUUUAAGCCUGAUACCUCAAUACAGACCUGGGCCCUCGAGGAGGCCCGACGGAGGUUAGAAGCCGAGGGCAUCCUGGAGGAUCCCCAGAAGAAGUAG